UUUAGGUAUGAUGUCAUAUAUCGUUCAACGUGGGCAAAGCGUUAUCAGAGGCUAACACUGGCUGACAUUGGGCUGACAGUAACAGUAGCGCAACGAUGCCCGCCCCCUCGCAUUGCGCCCUUCUGUUUAGCAAUUACCAUCACCACUGUCUUACUACACUUCCGUCAGCGCGUCUUGCUUCUUCCUCGAGCUUCGACGGACUGGUGGAGAUUGUGAGACAGUACGAGGCCAACGAGAUGAAGAAGGCUAUGGAGGAAGAUGCAGCACCUGCGGUCAUACCACCUGUACCUAUGCGUCGGCCGAACGUGAUGUCCAUCGCGCACAUCUUGUGCUCCGACCCAGCAGUUACACCGUCUCAAGCAACCGUAGAGAGGGCGUACGAUGCUUCCACGCCGUUAUCUCCCCUACCAGUGGAGUGCAAUAGCAUGGAGGUAUCAAGCGAGUAUGAGCUGCCAGUGUCUUUUGAGGAUAUGAGCGUUUACCUCAACUACUUUGAUGAAGAUGAGGUAGAGGUUGUUCAGCUCUAUGCGCCUAUACAGUGGGACGCAGGCUCUCCAGUGCUCGGAUGGACGCCUCCUGAUGGUUCUGAAGACGUCGUCAUCGGCCACGAGGAUCUAGCGUGUCCAUCACCGAUGUCAAAUUCAGCCUUCUACCGUGUCCCCGCAUCUGAAGAGCCUGAACGUAUUGCCGCAUACAAACCCACGCAACCCACAUGCGUCAAGGCAAAGUCAAAGUCAUCGAAGCAUCCCCCUGCGCAGCUUCCACGAACACGAGUGGUACUCGCGCCUACUCAACGCACAGGAGUGAAGAGCAAGAGUAGAGAACAUAAAGCCAAGUCACGGGUGUCUUGUGGGUACGGGAAACCGCCAAAGGGUGGGAUUCCUCCUGCACUGGCUAGGGAUGUGACAAAAUCUCAUGCAUUGCGCGCGGAAAAGGAGCGUCAGUGUAUACGUGCUGCUGCUGUAAGAGCUGGGGAGGGGAGAAAGCCGAGUGUGCUGCAGAGGGCGAGUGCGCAGACUGAGGAUGAUAUGUCGAUGACCUGCUAGUUGUUCUCUCCUCUCCUAGUCCACGAUGUCGACACGAGCUUUGUUUAACCUUGAGACAAAGAUUAUUUUUAUUCCCUUCUCGAGGCUUGCCUGACUUGUGUGCUGCGGCAAUAUUAUUGUUAGUUCACUACCCUCCACGAUAGCAUCAGUACUUUUUGUCAUGACCCCUGGUACGAUGUCGUGGUAUCGACCUGAGCUUCUUUUACCAGAUAAUUAGCGAAGUCUUUGUUUGCAGUACUGACAAUUUUUUGGCCCUUUUGUGGACCGUGGUCGCCAUGUGAGUCGAGCAGUGCCAAAGUACC